AUGACAGGUUCCAUUGACCUUCCCCUGAUUAAUCUAACGAACUCAGAUUUCGAUGCUGCUGGUAGAGCAGUAUUAGACGCGGCAGUUACCUAUGGCUUCCUAUAUAUCGAUAGCAGAGCCACUGUUUUCUCAUCUGAUGAUGUGAACCGAGUCUUUGGAAUGGCAGAAGAAUUCUUCCAGCUGCCUGUACCUGAUAAGGCGCGAUACCGGAGGGGAUCAGACAACAAAGGUUGGGUGGGAAUGAACGUCGAGACUUUGGAUCCUGAGCAUCACGAGAGGGGUGAUUUUAAAGAGGCAUUCAAUAUUGGCGAGCUCCAAGAUGAGAAGGUUAAACAACCACUGCCAGCAUGUCUGAUGUCCCGUGAGACAGAUAUCGCUCGUUUCACAAAUCUCUGUAAUAAGACGUGUGACCAAAUUCUUAGACUCUUGGCACGUGGUCUGGAGAUCCCCAAUGACUUUUUCGCCUCUCGACAUGACCCUGCCAAAGGCUGCACGGGAAACUCACUGAGACUUUUGUAUUAUCCUGAAUCAGCUUCCUCCUACCGUCCUGACAAGGACAUCCGAGCGGGGGCGCAUUCGGAUUAUGGCAGUAUCACAUUGCUCUUUCAGCGGCCUGGCCAGCCAGGCCUGGAGAUUUUGACUUCCGAUCAAAAGUGGGCCCCUGUCCCGGUGUAUCCAGGGGAUCCGGCCGAAUUUCCGUUUCCCCCAAUUCUAGUCAAUAUCGGUGAUAUGUUGAGCUAUUGGACUGAUGGGCUGCUCAAAUCAACAGUCCAUCGAGUCGUAUUUCCACACUCCGAUCACUCGGGUGUGAGCUCACCUGCUAGAGACCGCUUUAGCAUCGCCUUCUUCUGUCAGCCCGUUGGAAGCACAGAGCUCAUACCAGUCCCCAGUAAAGUAGUUAAUGACUACCGACGAGAGAAGCAAGAUGUGAAUCUCAACUUGGUUGUCGGUUAUGGGGGUGGUGCAAAUGCUCUCGAUAUCGAUCAGCAUCGGUUAACAGCCGGUGAACACUUGCAAUCCCGAUUGGCUGCAACUUACAAUACGAUUAAAUGA